AUGCAAUCUUACGUGCUUCAUGCCUGGUAUGGGAAAUUGUUUUGUGCAGUUUUAGAGGGACCAAGAGAAGUUACGCCAGCUGUAUUGGAGUCCUCAACGGGUUUGGAAGUUUCAAAAUUUUCUCCAAAAAAAUGGGGACUUUCUGGAAGCUCUAGUCUUCUUGUGAUUGCUCUAUUUGCUGGAGUGUCUAUUCUGCUCAAUCAAGGAAUAGAUAUCAGACCAAACCUUGCAGCAAUUUUGGGAUUAUCAAUGCUGGAUGCUAUUUUUCUUGGUGGCUCAUGCUUAGCUCAGAUCUCUUGUUAUUGGCCUCCAUAUAAGCGUCGAAUUUUGGUUCAUGAAGCUGGCCACCUGCUUGUAGCAUACCUGAUGGGUUGCCCAAUCCGUGGUGUAAUUUUAGACCCAUUUGUUGCAAUGCAAAUGGGAAUUCAGGGACAGCACAUCAAUCGGAUGGGCAAAUCCAAAGACGAUCACAAGCUGAAUAGAUCUUCUCUUUCUCCGAGAGAUGAAGAGAGAACCAAAAGGCAUAAAAGUAAGGAAGAUGACAGAAAACACAAGCCCAAGACGAAGCAAAAAUCUCAUAAAAUUUCCAAGCGACGUUCUGAUAAAGCAAAACCAUCAAUCUCUACACGCGCCCUCGCUCAAAACGAUGUCGUGCGCUCCCUGCUCGAAGCCCCCUCUUCCAAUUCAUCUGCCGAGCACCACGAUUCCAUCUUCUCAGGAUUAGGGGAGGUGAUAUCAGGAUACAUACAAGGCAAGAAAAAAGCCACUGUAGUAGCUCAAGCGUAG